UCUUGGUUAUUUCGUCUGGGAUACACCCCUAAUCAGCUGAUUUUACUCAUCAGCGAUAGUCAACAUGCAUUAUGUUAGGAAUGGGAUCCAAUGUUCUCAGAAGGCAACCUACAUGUCAGCAGUUUGUACAGACUUUUCUAAACCACUGGAGAUCAUUGAUGAUGGAAAAACACUGGAUCCAUCAAGUCUUGGUGAAAAUGAGGUGUCUGUAGCCAUCAAAGCUUGCGGCAUCAACUAUGCUGACCUAUUACAAUGUAAGGGGCUCUACCAAGAAGUAAACCAGCCGCCUUUUGUACCAGGGAUGGAGAUCUCCGGGGAGGUGAUGGCUGUAGGCAGUAAUGUGAAAACAUUGAAAACCAGUGAUAGAGUGUUUGCUUUGUUGAAGUCUGGAGGCUUCUCCAACCAUUGCAUAAUCCCAGAAAUGGUUUUAAGGAAAGUUCCAGAAUCUAUAUCAUAUGAGGUAGCUGCAGGGUCAGUUGUCAACUAUGCAACAUCUCGGUUGGCACUUGAAAAGGCCAAUCUUAAGAUGGGAGAGACGUUGUUUGUAACAGGAGCUGGAGGCAGCACAGGGUUGUCAGCUGUGGAUAUUGGUGCACAGCUAGGGGCAAAGGUUAUUGGCUCCUGUGGAAGUCUAAAAAAAGCUGACGUAAUACGAAGUAAAGGAGCAUCACACAUCAUAGACUACAAUACAGAGGAUGUGCGGAGUCGACUCAAAGAACUUACAGACGGAAAGGGACCUAACGUGGUGUUUGAUACUGUAGGAGGAGAUUUGUUCCUUACGUGUCUGAAGAGCCUUGCCCAUGAGGGAAGAAUCUUGACCAUCGGUUACACCUCAGGAAAAAUCCCUAGCAUUCCAGCCAAUCUGCUGUUGGUGAAGUCUUGUUCAGUUACUGGUGUUUAUUGGGGCGACUACAGCAGGAAGAACUACCCAGUCUUUUCGAAGUCUAUAGAUGAUUGUGUGGAAGCAAUAGCUGCUGGGCACAACUCCCCUCACAUUGGAGACAUACUACCAUUAUCAGAGAUCAACAAUGCUUUUAAAAUGAUCUUCAAAAGACAGAACAUCGGAAAGGUGGUAGUAAAAAUGGACUGAAUACUGUCAGUUUGAUGUGAUAACUUGUUUUUAGGAGGAACUGGAUGGUGUAAAAGAUUACUGUUUGUUUGUUGAAGGAACUGAUGAGGGAUGUUUGACUUUGUUUGUCCAUCUGUCCUAAUGGCUAGACAAAGUUUUCAAACACAAAUGACCUUGAUCCAUAAUCAAUGUCACAAGGGUCACUUGUUGACACCGUCAUACAGUAAUAUUUGACUACAAGGUUGCUGGCUUUAAGUGCUUAAAGGUUUGUCAAUAGAAUGUAAUGAUCUUGACCAAUGUUCAAGGUCACAGGAUGUGUCAUAUAUGUGAAAAUACACUUUUAAAUUCUUUUAAUUAACCAAAAAUCUUGUACCAGAUGAUGGGGAAAAUGUUAUUUGUAGGUUUUUAUUCAGAAAUACAUGUUAACAAAUUGAAAGUCUUCCAGAAUAAAAUCUACUCACGGUAGACCAAUGAUAAUCAGUCUGGAGAGUCUUAGUUGGUUUAAGUAAAUUAAUUCAGAUCUAUUUUGAAGAUUAAUGAUGUGGGUAUAGUGUAUCUGUGAAAUGGUGAGAGAUGCAGGUCCACGAGACCUCUUGUUUGUUGAAGGAAUUAAUGGAUGGAGAUACAAUAUAUAGCUGUUGAAGGAACACUCGGCUUGAAGGCAGCCCAUGUCAGGUUACAUUUGAUUAAUUAAUGAUAAGUUAUGUAGGUAAUUUAAUAUUUUUAUAUAACA